UUGGCAAAUUUCAAUAUUUACUGAGCAUUUAAUAUUUUGAUAUUAUGACAUUAUUAACUUUGCUAGAUGUGAUAAUUGAAUUGAGGUUAUAUUUUUAACAUGCUCCUAUCUAUUAGAAAAAAAAUGUUGACAUUCACAAGAAGAAAUUAUCCAACUACUCUUGGAGUUUCAUGUGGCUCAAAUGCAGCGAAUUUCAGGAAAAUGUAAAGUGGGAAAAGUACAAGAAAGAAGUAUGAGUAAAAAUAAUAUUUCAGUGUCCAUGAGGACAUUUUCUUUCGAAUUCCAUGCUUUUCCUGGGUCACGAUAUUUUUCAGUUGGACUUGAGUGUGAGGAUGGUAACUGUAACCACCACAGAGAUGUGCACGUGCCCAAGCUCUGAAUAGACACUGGGAACUUUCUAGUCCAAACCUCCUUUCUACUGCAUUUUAGGACUGAGGUCAUUCCUUUUUAGUUUCUGAAGUAGAUUUUUUUUCCAGUUUAAAAAGAGCAACUUGGAUCUGCUCGGAAACUGGAGUGAUUUGUCCCUGCCUGCCAUGUGGUGUUAGAUGCAAUGAAAAGCCUUCUGAAAUGCGGAUAAGACUUCAGUACACUGGGAGACACUACUUGAAAAUAUUUAAUUUGGAUUGCCAUCAAUCUGAAAGAAAAUAUUGGGAUUUUCUUAUUGUUAUGGAGGAAGAAAAAAAAACAAACGCUCGAAAAGGACGCGGGGUGGCGCUGCAGCCUUAGAAGUAACACAGAAGCACAGCCCCCAAGCCGACGCGCCUUAGCCCAGAGACGCAGCUAACGAGGCCAGCAGGAAGAGGAGGGUGUCUAAGGCGGCCGCUCCCUCGGAUUGCCCGCUUAGCCCGGUAUCCGCAAGGUAUUGGGAGGUCGAGUCAGCGACAUCGUGAGCCCGAGCUGGAGCAGGUUUGCUGAGAGACCGGAGGCGAUGGGGGCCGGAGAGAGAAGGGAGCGCGUUCUGAAACAAAGGCAAGUCCUCAUAUUCUUUGUCUUGCUGGGCGUAGCUCAGGCUGGUUCCGAGCCGAGGCACUACUCAGUGGCCGAGGAAAUGGAGAGUGGCUCCUUUGUGGCCAAUUUGCUAAAAGAUCUGGGGCUGGAGGUGGAUGAGCUGCCUGCGCGGGCCCCCCGGGUCGUUUCCAAAGGGAAAAAAUUGCACCUGCAGUUCGAUAGGCAGACGGGGGAUUUGUUGCUAAACGAGAGACUGGACCGGGAGGCGCUGUGCGGCCCCACCGAGCCCUGCGUACUCCCUUUCCAGGUGUUGUUGGAAAAUCCCUUGCAGUUUUUUCAGGCCGAGCUGCGGAUUAGGGACAUAAAUGAUCAUUCCCCAGUUUUCCUAGACAAAGAAAUAAGUUUGAAAAUUUCAGAAAGUAUCACUCCUGGAACUACUUUCCUUAUAGAACGUGCCCAGGACUUAGAUGUAGGAAGCAACGGUCUCCAAAGUUACACAAUCAGCCCCAAUUUCUACUUUCAUCUUAAAUUACAAGACAGUGCCGAUGGCACAAUCUCGCCGCAGCUGGUGCUGGACAGAACGCUGGAUCGAGAGGAACGGUCUGAGAUUAGGUUAACCCUCACAGCGCUGGACGGCGGGACUCCACCCAGGUCUGGCACUGCUGCGAUCCACAUCCAAGUCCUGGACAUCAACGACAACGCCCCCGAGUUUGCAAAGCUGCGCUAUGAGGUGCAGGUCCCGGAGAACAGCCCUGUUGGAUCCCACGUUGCCACCGUCUCUGCUAGGGAUUUAGAUAUCGGGGCCUAUGGGCAAAUAUCUUACGUAUUUUCCCAAGCUUCUGAACACAUUCGCAAAACGUUUCGAAUAAAUGCAAAAUCGGGAGAACUCUUCUUAAUACAGAAACUGGAUUUCGAAUCUGUGCAGACUUACACACUAAAUAUCCAGGCGACGGAUGGUGGGGGACUUUCUGGAAGUUGUGUGGUAUUUAUCCAAGUGAUGGAUUUGAAUGAUAACCCUCCAGAACUGACCAUAUCUACACUUAUCAAUCAGAUCCCAGAGAACUUGCAGGAGACCAUAAUCGCUGUGUUCAGUGUGUCAGACCCCGACUCCGGGGACAACGGAAGGAUGGUUUGUUCCAUCCAAGAUGAUCUUCCUUUUUUCCUGAAACCUUCCGUGGAGAAUUUUUACACUCUUAUGACAAACACAGCCCUGGACAGGGAGACCGUAUCUGAGUAUAAUGUCACCAUAACUGUUACAGACUUGGGGACACCCAGGCUGAAGACGGAGCACACCAUAACCGUGCUGGUCUCCGACGUCAACGACAACGCCCCCGCCUUCUCCCAAAGCUCCUACACGCUGUUCGUCCCCGAGAACAACAGCCCCGCCCUGCACAUCGGCAGCGUCAGCGCCACGGACAGAGACUCGGGCGCCAACGCCCAGGUCACCUACUCGCUGCUGCCGCCCCGCGACCCGCACCUGCCGCUCGCCUCGCUGGUCUCCAUCAACGCGGACAACGGGCAGCUGUUCGCCCUGAGGUCGCUGGACUUCGAGGCCCUGCGGGCGUUCGAGUUCCGCGUGGGCGCCGCAGACCGAGGCUCCCCCGCGCUGCGCAGCGAGGCGCUGGUGCGCGUGGCGGUGCUGGACGACAACGACAACCCGCCCUUCGUGCUGUACCCGCCGCAGAACGGCUCGGCGCCCUGCACCGAGCUGCUGCCCAGGGCGGCAGAGGCCGGCUACCUGGUGAGCAAGGUGGUGGCGGUGGACGGCGACUCGGGCCAGAACGCCUGGCUGUCGUUCCAGCUGCUCAAGGCCACGGAGCCCGGGCUGUUCAGCGUGUGGCCGCACAACGGCGAGGUGCGCACCGCCAGGCCGCUGGGCGAGCGCGACGCGGCCAGGCACAGGCUGGUGGUGCUGGUGAGGGACAGUGGCGAGCCCGCGCUGUCUGCCAGCGUCACGCUGCACGUGCUGCUGGUGGACGGCUUCUCGCAGCCCUACCUGCCGCCGCCGGAAGCGGCCCCGGCCCAGGCCCAGGCCGACUCGCUCACCGUCUACCUGGUGGUGGCCUUGGCCGCGGUGUCGUCGCUCUUCCUGUUCUCGGUGCUGCUGUUCGUGGCGGUGCGGCUGUGCAGGAGGGACCGGGCGGCCUCGGGGGGUCGCUGCUCGGUGCCUGAGGGCCGCUUUCCGGGCCACUUGGUGGAUGUCAGCGGCACGGGGACCCUGUCCCAGAGCUACCAGUAUGAGGUGUGUCUGACGGGAGGCUCUGGGACCAGUGAGUUCAAGUUCCUGAAACCCAUUAUCCCCAAUUUCCUUGCUCAGGGUCCAGAGAGGGUUAGUGAGGCAAACCCCAGCGUCAGGAAUAGCUUUGAAUUCAGUUAAAUAUUAAGUGUUAUUAAGGGUCUACUGAGUUUAGUCUCUGUUAAGUUGUGGAAAGUCUUUUUUCCCCCCUGCUUUGCCCAUUGGCGGUGUUUUGGUUUUUUAUUCCAAAGCAACUAUCCUAUUCCAAUUCUAUGCAUGUUACUAGUAUUUCUAAAUAUAUAGGUUAUUUUUGUGGUAUAAUUAAUGUAAAUUUUCUUUGUAUUCUAAUUAUUGGUAAGUCUCAUUAUAACUUAAUUUCACUUAAAGUUUGAAAGUAAAAUUAAAUUUUGUGUUUUCGGAAAUCUUUAUGUUAGAGCAUCUUUUUCCAAUCUCAUGGUUCACAUUUUCUAGGUAAUUUUGAAGUCCUGCAUUUUGAAAUAUUUGCUAUCAUUACAUGGAUUAUAUUUUUCCAUUCCAGAAUAUUUGUGUUUGUUAUUGUCUCUUAGGCCAGUGUAACUUCUAGCCUGUGAACUCAUGCUGGCUAAAUCUUUAACAUAGGUUUAUUUAUGAAUAACAUAGCAAGCACCUUUCUUAUAUUUUUCUAAAUAUACUAAAUAUAUUUCUUUAAAGUGUCAACAUAUGAAAAUUAUGGCUCUUUAGAGAUUGUGAGAACCUGUACUACAAGACAUUCAGAAUAUAAGUGCUCAAUUAAUGUUUGCCAAAAAUCACUCAUUACUAUUCUAAAAUGUACUUAUAUAAAUAGUAAUGUUGAGUGAUUUUCGAAAGCAUGCUGAUUCAUCAUGCUUUCUAUUUCAAUAGUUUUAAAGAAGCCCUGGGCUUGUUCCAGUCCUUUAAAAAAUCUAUUUUAAUUAUGAAUAACCUUCUAUGAACUCUGAGAACUGUAUUAAAAUCCAAAAAUAUGAAGGAAUAUAUGUCUUUGUCCUUGACCAACUUUUAGAAACUUCAAAAGUAUUACAGUCUUUACAUUUUUCUGGAGCAUUCAGAAUUCAAUUAGAAACAAGCAGGGAUGGGGAGUAUCUAGCUCACUCUAUUUUUUGCACUACUUCUAUUUUCCCCUCUUCAGUUCCUUAGACUUUUCAAUGCUUUUUUCUAGAAGUGCUUGAGCUAUGUUUCUCAAUAAUUCCCUCAUUUCUUGCAUGCUUUGCAUUGUCACUGAAAUAUUGUAGGUUCUUAAUAAAAUUUCUGAGUGACUGAUU